AUUGUUUGGUCACCGAAACCUUCAUCACAGCCUGUCACCAAGAUUGUUUUUUUUUUGGGGUUAAAUAUUAAAAACCAGAGAAAAUUCUGCCAAACUCAAUUGUUCUUCUUUUUUUCUUUUUAUCUUUUUUUUUUUAAUUUAAAAUUAAAAAAUAUUGUUGUUUGUUUUGUUUUUAAAAAAAUCCUAUUUGAUUCUAACGGGUAAAGACUACCCAAAGGAUGACGGAAAGCCAAAAUUGGAAAAGAAAAAACCCCAUGAAAACAACAGCCAAGCCCUUCAACCAAGUCCAAAAGAAAGCGCAGAAAAAAAAAAUUAAGUCAUUCUUCAUAUAAAAGUAGUACAAAAUCAACCCUUCUCUAUCUCUCUUCUUCUUGGUCUUUUUUUUUAGGCUGUGCUUAUCGAAUAAUCACGGAUUUGGUACUAUAUAAACGAGGCAGGUACUUAUGGCUAAUAGUGCGGCAGCAUGUGCUGAAAGGGCAACCAGUGAUAUGCUGAUUGGUCCAGAUUGGGCUGUAAACAUCGAGCUAUGCGACAUUAUAAACAUGAAUCCAGGACAAGCUAAGGAUGCUUUAAAAGUCCUCAAGAAGCGGCUUAGCAGUAAAAAUCCAAAAAUACAGCUACUAGCACUUUUUGUAUUGGAUUCACUCAGCAAAAAUUGUGGUGAGCAUAUUUUUCAGCAGAUUGUUGAGCGUGAUAUCUUGCAUGAAAUGGUUAAAAUAGUAAAGAAGAAGCCUGACUUGAAUGUCAGGGAAAAGAUACUUAUUUUGAUAGACACAUGGCAAGAAGCCUUUGGAGGAUCUACAGGGAAGUAUCCUCAAUAUUUUGCCGCAUAUAAUGAACUACGGGCUGCUGGAGUUGAAUUUCCUCCUCGAGAAGAGAAUAGUGUACCAUUGUUUACUCCACCUCAGACCCAUCCAGUAACUCACCACCCUUCAAUAUCUGAGGAUGCUGCUAUUGAGGCCUCUCUACAGUCGGAUGCAUCUGGCCUCAGCUUGCCAGAGAUUCAAAAUGCUCGUGGACUAUCGGAUGUAUUAAUGGAAAUGCUUAGUGCAUUGGAUCCCAAGACUCCUGAGGCUGUGAAGCAAGAAGUGAUUGUUGACCUUGUUGAUCAAUGUCGUUCUUACCAAAAGCGCGUCAUGCUUCUUGUGGAUAAUACAACAAAUGAGGAACUUUUAUGUCAGGGGUUGGCACUAAAUGAUAGCUUGCAGCGUGUUCUUAGCCGGCAUGAUGACAUUCUGAAAGGAAACACUGCAACAACAGCAGUAGCAGAAACUCCUGUUGUGCCACUUGUUAAUAUUAACCAUGAGGAUGAUGAAUCAGAAGAUGAAUUUUCUCAGCUGUCUCAUAGAUCAUCAAGGGAUAAUUUUCAAGGACAGGGCAGGAGAGCACCUAACAUUGAGCCUGCACGAAUUGGUCCACUUCUUCCACCUCCACCCUCAUCAAAAAGGCCAGUUAAUACAAAUACCAGCAUGGUUGAUUAUCUUAGUGGUGAUACCUACAAAUCUGAAGAUUCCCCUGAAACAAGAGAAUCCGCACCUUAUUUUGCCACUCCUACUCAUACAUACACAAACUCCUCCCCACAGUUGAUUUCAACUCUAGCUCCAUCAUCUCCUCCUUCCUAUACUGCUGACUCUGGAUCCUCGCCUGUGUUCAGUGGACAGCCUAUAUACGACAAACCAGCUUCCUUGAGCAAAUCUGCUGAUACUGAGCAGCUGCCUCCAGCUCCCUGGGACAGUCCUGCUGGAAACCUUCCACCACCGCCUUCAAGGUUUAAUCAGAGACAACAAUUCUUUGAGCAACAACAACACGGUUAUACUGGUGGUUCAUCUCAUUCCAACAAUGGAACUGGUUCCUCUUAUGACAGCUUGGUUGGACAAACUCAAAAUCUCUCCCUUAGCUCAUCGACCCCAACCAAACAAGUAAAACCAGAAGAUGCUCUCUUCAAAGACCUGGUUGAUUUUGCGAAAGCCAAGUCAUCUUCAUCAUCCAAACCUAAUAAUAGGUCAUUUUGAUCGUCUCAGAGUAGUCAACUUGGUUUUGGGUGGUACAGCUUGUGAACAGUUAUUAGAUUAUAAGGUUUUUUUUUUUUUUUGGUAUUAGAUUAAUAGAACAUGUGUUUACACAUUGCUUAUGGUUUGUCUAUUCUGUUUAUAGGUUUAAUUUCGAGACUAACUGCUCGUUGGAUGUAUUCGUAUAUUUUACAUAUUCUGAUACUUGGUGUAUCAUUUUUUU